GAACCUUACCCAGAAUUAAGAAUCGACGUGUCUAUAGAAAAUGUAUAUAUUUUGGUAGAUUGACGACUAAUGGAGCAGUCUGAAAUAGAAAUGGAGCGAAUUCUUGCCCGUGUGCAAUCUCCCAACUCAUCUCUGUUCUUGCGUGGUUUUUAUUUCGUGGUGGCCUGAAACAGCUGAUCGCUAAAGCUGCUGUACAGUAUGGUGUCCUGCAGCUAAUUUUUAUUGACGGUAAUUAUGUGUUUAUAAAUCAUGUAUGGUUUGUCAAAAUUCUAUGUUCCCAAUCUAGAUCAUGUUGCAUGAGUCUUCUUUCAUUUAUUGUACAUUAUUUAAGAAGACGAACUGAACAAUUAUAAUGAAUACUGCUGGUUGGGUGUCAUGGGACUGAAUACAUGAAUUAUGUGUAAUCCACUGGUAUCUGCAAUGGAGACUAAAGUAACGAGUAAAACUAGUAGUCUGAAGGCACUGUUACUUCGUGCCUGGCGGGAACGUUGGACCGAUUUGCAGUGGGGGAUCAACAUAAAAACGAUUUUACCCAGAGGAGUUAGCGGCGAUGUAUACAAUCUGGCAGAUUGUAUUUUACAACAGGCUCUAGUCGGACCUGGACCAAAUCAACUAGUACUAUCCUAUCUCAAACACUCGCUGAGCUCUCAGUUGGUGUCUUAUGCCGCCGUAUUACAACGAAUAAGCAAGUACGACGCCUUUUAUAAGCCUCAUUGCAUUGUAAGCCUCUUGGAAUUUUUGGAAACGAUUCAAGUUGGCAUCACCUGCCGGGGUAAGCCCGAGGAGGAUCUCCUAGCAGCGGCAGUCCUUUCCAUAGUUCACUGGUUGCUGCAAUGUUAUCUUCAUGCAUUGACUAAAAUGCCACAGAACAAUCCAUUGUUGCCGCAACCCACUGAACUCAUUGAUAAGCCUGCCAGUAUACUAAAGCAAAUGCUGAGCUCAAACUUUCUUUGUGCAAUGAUGUAUCUAGCCAAACACGACGACAAGGAUCUUCAUGCAGAAGUGGCUAAGAAAUGUCAAGAGAUUGAAGCAUUGCAUAAGGCAAGCACUUUGAAAGCUUCCGUGUCAAUAGAAGAAUCCCUUAAAAAAUUGUGCGAUCUAGAUAUCGACAGUUUAUCAUUGAACAGGUCUACGAUGGAAAUGGAGUCUAUUACUUACUGCCUUCAACCACUUCUCUCGGUUCAAGUGCUGACAAAUCCCUGCAUGGAAACGACUGCUUUUGUAAACCAGCUGCUAAUGAUACAACGACUAAAAAGCUACACAAAUGCCAGAUUAUACUGUGAAAUAAUCAGAGCUUGUCUUGUAUGCCUUCAUGACGUUACUGGCACUUUUCAUGAGUCACAAUGGGGUGCCUUCACUUUCCUUAAGGUCCCUUUGAUAUUGAAAGAACUACACUCUUCUACUAUUGGUAGUGAUGAAAAAUUCGAGUAUUCACAAGAUAUUUUAGAUGCCUUUGAAUUGCUACUUCAGUUUACACCACUUCUAGAUAUAAUGGAUACGACGUGUUCGUGCAACUGCGUAGAAUGUUUGCUUAGUGAGUUGCAAAAAUUUAAAUUGGUCACAGAAAAGCAAGCACAGCAGUUAGCUAGUAGACGAUCUGUUAUCUCGAUAUUCCUCAGAGAGGGUGUCAUGGCAGCGCUGCAGAAGUUAGAGUCUUCGAGGUCGCCAACAUCGUCGAUUCAAAAGGUGAUUAUCCGUGCGGAACCAACAUUGGGCGGAAUCUUGAAGACCCUCAAUGCGGACUAUACAAAAAUCCAGGAAGCACUUUUGAGCAUGUUGUGUCAAGUUCUUAAUGGGAAAAGCUUUGAGCUGAUGCUGGCAGUGGCCACUGUCGAAGGAAAGUUGAAGACUUUUGUGACGAAGCUAAUAAAAUUUAACGAAUGCAGUAAGCAGAUAAAUGAGCCAGUUCCUGGCAAGACAGCUGCGACGAGGGCGAUGCUCUUCGAUGUUUCUUUCCUCAUGCUCUGUUCAAUAGUGCAGACCUACGGUUCUGACGUUGUCCUGGAAGAAGGAGGAGACUCUUUUUUCGAGCAAUGGGUGCGAGAAUGCAUGCCAGAGCGUGACAAGCCCAAAUCGCCACAGAAAAUGCUGCAGAACAUAGAUCCAUCCAGAGUGGAUGCCUUGUUGGCACAGAUCAAUUCUCCGGAUCCUGACUUCAAGCCCAGUAAUAUAAAAUGGCAUUUGGCGUGCAGGUCUGCCAUGGGUGCUGUCAAAGAAUUACUUUGUGCCUGGGAAAGCGGAGCCCUUGGAGCAGGCGAUGUCAAGAGAGCCCUCGAUGGCCUACGAUCUGCUGCUUGUUGUUUGCCAGUCUGUGCCGCAGCUUGGCUCUGUGCUCAUAUGAGCAUAACUCAUCAAGAUGCUCUUCUUAAACCAAUGAAUAUGGUACAACAAUUCCUCACACCCUUCCCCAAUGACGAGAUGCAAGAUAACUUUAAAGAAAGAUCUGGUUUGAUGUUCCAAAUUAUACGUAAGAUGCAAUACGACGUUCAUCCACCUACGCAAUCAAAAACGAAGGUGCUUUCUAUGUCCCAUAGUAUAAUCUCAAGGCAACCGAUAUCUGAGCAAUUGGAAUCAGUGUGGCGUGAUAUUCACCAAAGAGGAUGGAUAAAUGUCAAGGCAACGCAAUCUUUAGAGUCAUUAUUUAAUACUGGAGGUUCUUUAUGGUUCGUAUCGAAUCUGGUGAAAGAAGCACUUAAGUAUCGCUACCAGGAAGAGUUGGAUCGGGCAGUCGAUCUCACCUUUUCGAUAUUCCACCUGGACAUCGAGAACUGUACUCUCGACCUGUUGAAUCAUGUUGUACCACAAUAUUUAUAUAAUUCACUUCAAAGCGAAGAAUUAGUUGAGCCACAGUCAUCGGUCCUGGCUAAGUUGUGCGUCUCGUGCAUAUUCUCCACAUUGGAAUAUAACAAUUCUAAUCCAAAUCGAGGUAGUAACAGAAAGCGUGCCAGACGCGAUUUGGAUACCGAAGAAUUGGAUGCCCUGGGUGUUCCAGCGAAUAAGAUUUUGAGAUUAAACGAGUCCGGGGAUUCGAAUCCGAUAUUCGGAACGAAUUCUCCUCAGGCUCAGGGACCGAUGAGCGGACAAAAAUCUAUUGUUCUUAGGGACCCCUUGAUGUCGGCUCUCAAUGGGCUUUUUACCACUUUCACAUUUCUUGCUGGAAGGGAUGGUGAAAUCUCUCAGCAGACAUAUUUCAUUCUUCAAUUUCUCCGCCUCAUGGUACAGUGCGGCAAAGACAGGACGCGGAUCGUGCUUCAGGGAAUGCCGCAAACAUUGGUGCCUUGUUUGCUAAAAGCUUUACCUGAAUUAUUUACAACUGACUUGUUAUUAAGACUAUACGAUAUUCAAACAGUAAUGGGUCGGAAAGCCACUGCUCGUGACCUGUGUAUGCUGCGCAACAUUAAUCUGAAAUCAACAAAAUGAGGAUAAAUAA